CUUUGCACUGUCCGGUUGUGAGUGUUGUGUCGGGGUGCGAUGUCCCUAGGCGGGUACGACGCGAAGUGUGCCUGACUUUGCUUGAACCCCUGCCUGGGUUUGUUUGGUGUGUCUAUGAGUGUCUGUGUUCGAGUCUGUGUGUGUGUAUCUGGUGUGUGGGUAUCCACGUAUAAGUAAAUGGUUGUGUGUCUGUGCAUGUGAGUGUCUGUGUAUGAAAAUGUUUGGGGGAGUGUGAUGUGUUUUGUGUGUCUUUGUGUGACUGAGCAUCUGAGUAUCAGUCAGUGUGUUUGAGUGUGUGUGUGUGUGAGCAUCUUGUGGUGGUGUGUGUCUGUAAGGAUGAGAGUAAACCAGUGUGCGUGCUUGUUUAAAUGUCUUCUAUGUGUGUGUAAGUGUAUGAGUGAGUGUGUGCCUGGAUUUGUGUGUCUCCAAGCAUCUGUGUGUUUGUCUCUGGGUGUGUCUAAGUGUAAUGAAUGUGUGUCUGGUGUGUGUGUGUGUAGGUCUAGGUUUGUGGGGCUUUGUGUUUGCCCCUGGCUUGUAUGUAUGAGUGCGUGCAUGUCUGGAUGUGCAUAUUUGUGUGUCUGGGUGUUGGUCUCUGUUGCCUGUGUGUAUGUAUGGAAAUGAGUGUGUAAGUGUGCAUGAAGGUCUGUUUGAGUGUGUGUGUAAGGUGUGUGUGUCUGAGGGUGGCAGUGUCCAUUGUGGGUCGCAAAGAGUUUGGUCCCUGGAUGUGCAGGUGUGGUCCCUCGGAUGUGUUUGUGCUGCUGCCCCGUGUGUUUGUGUGUUUGGGUGUUGGAGUGGUGCCGCCCACUUCCCCGGAGUUGAACAGAGGCCACAGCCGUCUGUCUUGGGGUGUCUCCAGCCCAUCGGCCUCAGGGCCUUUAAUUAGCGGCUGGAUGGAGGAGACCAGCCGGGCGCCGGGGAGGGCGGCCCCCCUCCUCCGCGGACCAGGCCUUUGUCUGCGCUCUCAACAGGGUCUGCCUCCCGCAGGCCGCAGUGGAUGAGACCCAGCUUGGCCCUGAAGACCAGCCAGUCUCGUCCUUUUCGCCUAUCCCUGCCCAUUUUCUGCCAAAGAGGCAACUGGAGGCCCAGAGAGGCUCACGCAGCCAAGCAACCAGGAAAAGUUCUGCCCAGGAGGCCAACACUGCGCCACUGACUGAAACCCCUGACAGGAGCCCAGAGAUGCUACUCCGGCUGUGAGCAGAGCAGGCAGCGCUGCAGAGGCUGCUGGCAGCCGGGGCUGGGGAAAGACAUGUGGACACGUGGUCUCCAUGGCUCCCGCCUGCCAGAUCCUCCGCUGGGCCCUCGCCCUGGGGCUGGGCCUCGCAUUAGAGGUCACGCACGCCUUCCAGUCUCAAGAUGAGUUCCUGUCCAGUCUGGAGAGCUAUGAGAUCACCUUCCCCACCCGUGUGGACCAGAACGGGGCACUGCUGGCCUUCACUCCCCCUGGCCCCCGGAGGCAGCGCCGGGGCACAGGGGCUGCAGCUGAAGCCCGUCUCUUCUACAAGGUGGCUGCAUCCAGCACCCACUUCCUGCUGAACCUGACCCGCAGCCCCCGCUUAUUGGCAGGGCAUGUCUUAGUGGAAUAUUGGACACGAGAGGGUCUGGCCUGGCAGAGGGCUGCCCGGCCGCACUGCCUCUAUUCUGGCCACCUACAAGGCCAAGCUAGCAGUUCCCAUGUGGCCAUCAGCACCUGCGGGGGCCUGCAUGGCCUGAUUGUGGCAGACAAGGAAGAGUACCUGAUCGAGCCCCUGCAAGGUGGAGCCAAAGUUCCCCGGGGCCCAGAGGAAAGUGGUCCCCAUGUGGUGUACAAGCGCUCCUCCCUGCGCCACCCCCACCUGGACACAGCCUGUGGAGUGAGAGAUGAGAAGCCAUGGAAGGGGCGGCCGUGGUGGCUUCGUACCCUGAAGCCGCCGCCUGCCCGGCCCCUGGGGAAUGACACGGAGCGUGGCCAGCCAGGCCUGAAACGCUCUGUCAGCCGGGAGCGCUACGUGGAGACGCUGGUGGUGGCUGACAAGAUGAUGGUGGCCUACCAUGGGCGCCGAGACGUGGAACAGUACGUGCUGGCCAUCAUGAACAUUGUUGCCAAACUUUUCCAGGACUCAAGUCUGGGAAACAUCAUUAACAUCCUUGUAACGCGCCUCAUCCUGCUCACAGAAGACCAGCCCACCCUGGAGAUCACCCACCAUGCCGGGAAGUCCCUGGACAGCUUCUGUAAGUGGCAGAAGUCCAUCGUGAACCGCAACGGCCAUGGCAAUGCCAUCCCAGAGAAUGGCAUGGCCAACCAUGACACAGCUGUACUCAUCACGCGCUAUGACAUCUGCAUCUACAAGAACAAACCCUGUGGCACAUUAGGCCUGGCCCCAGUGGGCGGGAUGUGUGAGCGAGAGAGAAGCUGCAGUAUCAAUGAGGACAUCGGCCUAGCCACAGCCUUCACCAUCGCCCACGAGAUCGGGCACACGUUCGGCAUGAACCACGACGGUGUUGGAAACAGCUGCGGGGCCCGUGGCCAAGACCCAGCAAAGCUCAUGGCCGCCCACAUCACCAUGAAGACCAACCCGUUCGUAUGGUCAUCCUGCAGCCGUGACUACAUCACCAGCUUUCUGGACUUAGGUCUGGGGCUGUGCCUGAACAACCGGCCCCCCAGACAGGACUUCGUGUACCCAACAGUGGCACCCGGCCAGGCUUAUGACGCGGAUGAGCAGUGCCGCUUCCAGCACGGAGUCAAAUCGCGUCAGUGUAAAUACGGGGAGGUCUGCAGCGAGCUGUGGUGUCUGAGCAAGAGCAACCGGUGCAUUACCAACAGCAUCCCGGCCGCCGAGGGCACGCUGUGCCAGACGCACACCAUCGACAAGGGGUGGUGCUACAAGCGGGUGUGCGUCCCAUUCGGGUCGCGGCCAGAGGGCGUGGAUGGGGCCUGGGGCCCGUGGGCCCCGUGGGGCGACUGCAGCCGGACGUGUGGCGGCGGCGUGUCCUCCUCCAGCCGGCACUGCGACAGCCCCAGGCCAACCAUCGGGGGCAAGUACUGCCUGGGCGAGAGACGGCGGCACCGCUCCUGCAACACCGACGACUGUCCCCCUGGCUCCCAGGACUUCAGGGAGAUGCAGUGCUCUGAGUUUGAUAGUGUCCCCUUCCGUGGGAAGUUCUACACAUGGAAAACAUACCGAGGAGGGGGCGUGAAGGCCUGCUCGCUCACCUGCCUAGCGGAAGGCUUCAACUUCUACACCGAGCGGGCGGCGGCCGUGGUGGAUGGGACCCCCUGCCGCCCAGACACGGUGGACAUCUGUGUCAGCGGCGAGUGCAAGCACGUGGGCUGCGACCGGGUCCUGGGCUCCGACCUGCGGGAGGACAAGUGCCGGGUAUGCGGGGGCGACGGGAGUGCCUGCAAAACCAUCGAGGGGGUCUUCAGUCCAGCCUUGCCUGGGACUGGGUAUGAGGAAGUCGUCUGGAUCCCCAAAGGCUCCGUCCACAUUUUCAUCCAGGACCUGAAUCUUUCCCUCAGUCACCUGGCCCUGAAAGGGGACCAGGAGUCCCUGCUGCUGGAGGGGGUGCCUGGGACCCCCCAGCCCCACCGCCUGCCCCUGGCUGGGACCACAUUUCAGUUGCGACAAGGGCCAGACCAGGCUCAAAGCCUAGAAGCCCUGGGACCCAUCAACACAUCUCUCAUCAUCCUGGUGCUGGUGCAGACAGAGGUGCCAGCCCUCCGCUACCGCUUCAAUGCACCCAUCGCCCGGGAUGUCCUGCCCCCUUACUCCUGGCACUACGUACCCUGGACCAAGUGUUCAGCUCAGUGUGCGGGCGGCAGUCAGGUGCAGGCUGUGGAGUGCCGCAACCAGCUAGACAGCUCAGCCGUGGCCCCGCACCACUGCAGCGCCCACAGCAAGUUGCCCAAGAGGCAACGUGCCUGCAACACAGAGCCCUGCCCACCUGACUGGGUAGUAGGGAACUGGUCCCGCUGCAGCCGCAGCUGCGAUGCAGGCGUGCGCAGCCGCUCCGUGGUGUGCCAGCGCCGCGUGUCGGCCGCCGAGGAUAAAGCGCUGGAUGACAGCGCGUGCCCGCAGCCGCGCCCGCCGGUGCUCGAGGCCUGCCACGGUCCGGUCUGCCCGCCGGAGUGGGCCGCUCUCGACUGGUCUGAGUGCACCCCGAGUUGCGGACCGGGCCUCCGCCACCGUGUGGUCCUUUGCAAGAGCGCCGACCACCGCGCCACGCUGCCCCCCGCGCACUGCCCGCCCGCAGCCAAGCCGCCGGCCACCAUGCGCUGCAAUUUGCGCCGUUGUCCCCCAGCCCGCUGGGUGGCUGGGGAGUGGGGCGAGUGCUCCGCGGAGUGCGGCCUUGGGCAGCAGCAGCGCGUCGUGCGCUGCACCAGCCACACCGGCCAGACGUCGCGCGAGUGCGCGGAGGCACUGCGCCCACCCACCACGCAGCAGUGCGAGGCCAAGUGCGACAGCGCGCCACCUGGCGACGGCCCUGAAGAGUGCAAGGAUGUGAACAAGGUCGCCUACUGCCCCCUGGUGCUCAAAUUCCAGUUCUGCAGCCGAGCCUACUUCCGCCAGAUGUGCUGCAAAACCUGCCAGGGCCGCUAGGGGGCGCGCGGUACCCGGAGCCACGGCUGGGGGCGGGGCCUGCUGCUGGCAGGCCCGAGGGGACCCGAGGGGUCCGGAGCUGGGGGUGAAAGGGCGACGUGGGAGCUGAAAGUUAUUUAUUGGGAACCCCUGCAGGGCCCUUGAGUGGAGGCUGGAGAGGGAGUGGCCACCCCCGGGGUCCCUCCGCAGCCCCCCAAGCUGGAACAAUGAGAUCCCUCCAGGGUGGGUUUGGGGAAGGAACAACUGUUCACCGCAGUGCCCUUGUCGCCCACCCCAAGGGAGCCCCCAAAACUACCCCCUUUGAUGGAAAUAUGUACUGUGAAGAGUGGGGGUGGGGAGGGGGCCUGCCAGUGCCCUGCCCCCCAGCACUGCCAUACUCCUCUCUGAGCUGUACACCAUGGAAGAGAGGGCUUACUUCCAUCUCCCUAAUACCCUCCCCCUGACCAGGCCAGCUACGGGGGAUGGGACAGAACUGGGAGGAACAACCCCAAUCUCAGCCCAGACUACACCAGAGGGACCCUGACAUCCAGGCAGCCCCGUCAUGGUGCUACAGGCCCUUCGGGGGCCCACACACGUCUCACCAGGAAGCCCCACAUAAUAAAGUUUGGUCUUGUGUUGAUUUCUGCCA